AUGAAUGGCUCGCAAGGGUUCUACACACAGCCUUAUCCAGCCUUGGAUGGGCGGCAGUCCAUGGAUGGCUACGCACAGGACGACAGUAUGGACAUCGUCUCCGGAACCAUGGAUCCCACGGCUUUAGGUCAACCGCAGACCCUCCACCAGAUCGUCAGUCAGAACACCGAGGAAUUGAUGCGCAGACGGCAGACCUUCCAGGCUCAUUACCCUCAACUGUCUCAAGACCGCACUCGGAGGACGUCCAUGCUUGAAUUCAAUUCCUCGGUCGAUGGCGACUUUGCCAAUUUUCAGUUUGAUCCCCUCCCGGGCGACUCGUCCUUGGCCAUGCCCGAUCCCGCAUCCAACAUGUUACCGAUGCAGAAGUCUCUCGACCCUCGAAGAGUCCGGUCUCGCGAAGACUUGUCCUUGAACGCCCGCUUUUCCCGGAUGCAGUCCAAUUUCGACGCUGUGUCAACGUAUAACCCCGGCAUCAUGUCGAGCACAUCGGUCGGUGUCGAAUCCUCUGCCGCCUACAUGUCCUCUACGAUGGAUAUCCAAAUGGAUUUUGAGACCAUGGGGGUUCCGGUGAACAACGUGAACAUGCAGUCUGGUCCGAUGCAAGAAUCUUUGUUCACUGCGUCGCCGAUAGACCCAGAUUUCCCCAUCUCUUACCAGCCAUCCGGCCAGGAUCCGGGUGGCGGAUCUAUGAGCCCUCCUAUCCAUGAUCACAUGGCGACUAUGGCGCAGGCCAUGUCAUCUAUUCCACAGUCCUUCCACAAUCCGACAUCGUCUCUCCAUGCACGACAUUCUGCCUCAUCAGGCGUCUCAAUGGCGUCGGGCCCUGGCCAAACGCUGCCGUCCCCGCCGUCUGUGCAGCAAGCCACGUCUAGAAACCUUUCAAUGGUGGACGUCCCUUCCGCUUUCACCAAUCAUGCGGAUCUGCCAGCGAACCCACGCGGGCCAAAUCCCACCGCCUUACCACACAUGCCUCAGAUGCAAGGCGUGCUACAGCCUCUCCCCAAAUAUGCCAAUGCCUAUUCUUCUAGUGGUUUCGACAUGCUGGGUGUUCUGAUGCGUGUCGCGACGAGACCCCGGCCCGAAAUCAAUAUUGGCCCCGUCGACCUAUCCUGUGCUUUCGUCGUCUGCGAUAUUGAGAAAUUUGAUUUUCCGAUUGUGUACUGUUCGGAAAUGUUUGAACGAUUGACUGGCUAUACCAAGCAUGAAAUUCUAGGUCGGAACUGCCGCUUUCUGCAGUCGCCAGAUGGCCAAGUGCAGCCGGGUUCGAAGCGGAAGUAUGUCGAUGAUAGCUCCGUCCUGUACCUCAAGAACCAGAUCAGCAAGCGAUCGGAAGCGCAGCUGAGUUUGAUCAACUAUCGCAAAGGCGGCCAACCGUUUAUGAACCUCCUCACCAUGAUCCCGAUCCAAUUCGACUCUGAGGACUACAAGUUUUACGUCGGAUUUCAGGUCGAUCUGGUCGAGCAGCCAAACUCGGUCUCGGGCCGAAAUCCAGAUGGAACCUAUGCGAUCAACUACGACCGGAGCUCUCUUCCUGCUUACGCUCUCCCAGCUCCCCCAGAUUCAAGCCAAGCAAUACAAGAGAUUGGCCAGACGAUCCCAAGAGACGAGGUCUCCAAGGUGUUGACCACCAUCGGCCGUGGCGACCCGGGUCUUUCCCAGCGGGUCUGGGACAAGAUCCUCUUGGAGAACACCGACGACGUGAUACAUGUUCUGUCCCUCAAAGGGCUCUUUCUCUACUUAUCCCCCUCUAGCCGCAAAGUUCUCGAGUAUGAAGCUAGUGAGCUGGUGGGUGUUGCCUUGUCAUCAUUGUGCCACCCCAGUGACAUUGUCCCCGUUACCCGAGAGUUGAAGGACUCGUCGAAUGGAUCUCCCGUCAAUGUGGUGUAUCGAAUUCGUCGGAAGUUCAGUGGCUAUACUUGGUUUGAAGCCCAUGGCGGCUUACAUACCGAACAAGGAAAAGGCAAGAAGUGCAUCAUCCUUGUGGGCCGGGAGAGACCCGUCUAUGCCCUGGAUCGCUCGGAGCUCCUGGCCGAGAACAACCUGGGCGAGAGCGAAUUGUGGUCCAAGAUCUCCACAUCGGGCAUGUUUUUGCAUGUCUCAUCCAAUUCUCGAGUCAUGUUGGACCGGUUACCCGAGGAUCUGGUGGGAACCAGUCUGCAAGUUCUGAUGAGACCGGAUGCCCGGCGGGAGUUUCUGCGUGCGCUCGAAAUGGCCCGUACGGGGGAGAAAGUGACUUUCAGGCAUGACCUCCUGAACAGACGAGGCCAGGUCCUGCAUGCUCAAACAACCAUAUAUCCGGGCGAUGCUCGACCAGGCUUUAAGCCUACCUUCCUCCUGGCACAAACUCGGUUGCUCAAACUCACCCGUGCCGCUUUAUUAAGUCAGAAGUCGAUGAGCGCGUCAUCAACAUCGACUGAUCCGAAAUCGCAAACGUCUGCUCAGUCUUCCAGCACCGUGACCAAUGGUUCUUCGACAUCUCUUCCCCCCAACGAUACCAAAAUGUCCGGCUCCGGGGGGGCUGUGACGCGACCCGGAGGUCAGGGUCUGUGUCUGGGCAACCAGGAUGAGGCACUGAACUCGGAAGACAAUCUCUUCGAUGAGCUGAAGACGACCAGGAGUUCGAGUUGGCAAUUCGAACUUCGACAGAUGGAACGUCAAAACCGGCUGUUGGCCGAAGAACUACAAAUCUUGCUGAGCCGCAAGAAGAAACGGAAGAGAAGAAAAGGGCUGGGACAGCUGGAAAAGGAUUGUGCCAAUUGCCACACGCGGGUGACGCCCGAAUGGAGACGAGGACCUAGUGGAAAUCGUGACUUGUGCAACAGUUGUGGUCUGAGAUGGGCCAAACAGAAUGGACGAGUGUCUCCUCGAAAGCCUGGUGGCCAAAGUGAUAAAGGGGGAACCUCCCCUGCCCAGGCCGCGGCGACCAAGACCGAGGUCAAGUCCGGCGUAUCAUCUGAGACAAAUGGUGGCGGCAGCGGCAGCAAUGGAGUGUCCACAAACGCCAUGAACCCCUCCUCGAGAUCACCCCGCGAGCAGGAGAGACGUGACACAGGGCAAUGGCGAGGACUACUUCCCCCGAAGAUCGAAGAGGGAGAGGAACCACCACACCCGACAGUAUUGCCCACUUGA